AUGCCUCCGAAGAAGCAGAAAAACCCAUCGACGAACGAGACCGCACCGGGGACCCAGAAAGUCACCCGACAACUCAUCGAGAGGAAGGAGCUCCUGCACAACCUUCAGCUGUUGAAAAUAGAGAUGUCGCAGAAAAAUCUCAUCAUAGAUAACAGAAAGUGGACCCACUUGACAAAGACGGAGGAGCUGGAGGAGAGGCUGAAUGUUGCCCUGCACCAGAAACAAGUCCUGGCUCUGAGACUGGACAGACAGCUCCAACUCACCCAGGAUGAGAGCAGGAAGCAGCAGGCUCUGAGGAAGCAGGAGAUGGAUGUGAUCCUACUGAGGCAGAAGCAGCUGGAGGAGACCAACAGACAGCUGUGUGACAAGGCAGGAGACCUGCGACGCAGCCUCAGGGACCUGGAGCUCACUGAGGACAAAUACAAGGAGCUCCGAGAUAUCCCCGAGGAGAGACUGUCUAUCACUGAAUACGUAGCGGUGUGUUUCUAUGAGGUGGUGAGUCCUCUCAAAGCCCAGCUCUCUGAUCUUCAUGUCAAGAGGAACAGUCUGACAGACGACCUGGAGACACACAGGACUCAGAUCAAGUCCCUAGGAAGAGUUACGAGGAGGAGCGCGAGGGCGAGGUCAGAGCUGGAGAUCAGGAACCAGAGACUAACUCUGGAGCUGGCUGACACUAAACGGCUCAUCCAGGAGGGAGACUUCAAGCGGGACAACUACUCUAACAUCAAACGUGAGCGCGAUGCGUUUGAGUGUGAGGUGAGAGAGUUGAGGAAGAGACUGGAGCCGCUGGAGAUGACUCACGAGGUCCAGACCAGGGAGAGGAACGAGCUGAGUCGAGAGGUGUCUACUCUGCAGCAGUCAGUGACCCUCCUCCAGAAGGAUAAAGAAUAUGUUCACAGACAGAACAUGGAGCUGAAUGUCCGCUGUGCCCACCAGGAAGACCGUCUAGAGAGGCUGCAUACCCAGCUGGACGACGCCCAGAGGGCCAGGGAGGAGCUCUACCACAAAUACAUCGCUUCUAGAGACCACUACAAGACAGAGUACGAGAAUAAACUGUCUGAGGAGCUGGAGAACAUUCGUCUGAAGACCAGCCAGGAGAUCGACAGCCUGCAGAGGACCUCAAAGGAGAUGUACGAGAGAGAGAACAGGAACCUCCGUGAGACGCGGGACAAUGCAGUGCUGGAGAAGGACAGAGCAACGAAGGGAGAGAGAGAAACACAGACCAGAUACGACCAGCUACUGGAACAGUUCCGUGGUGUCCAGAUGGGGACAGACAGCCGGGUGGCAGAGCUGCUGAACCAGGUGAAGCUGAAGAGCUUGGAGACCGAGCGCUCUCAGAUGGUACAAGAGGAGACUGCCAGGAACCUGGGACAGUAUCAGAUGGAGACAGAGAAACUACAGAAGAAACUAGAGGUCAUGACCAAGGAGUUGUACAGGCUGCAGACGGCCUCAGAGAAGCAGAUAACGGAACUCCAGGCCCAGAAUGCCGAGCAGCAGGCCAGACUACAGACCUACGAGAAACUGGAGCAAGAGCUGGACGACGUCACCAUGCAGGCUGCUGAAAUUGAUAAUGAGGAGGAAGCAGAGAGAGUUCUGUUCUCCUACGGUUACGGAGCCAACAUUCCCACAACCGCCAAGAGACGACUCAAGCAGAGUGUCCAUCUGGCCCGAAGACUGUUGCAGCUGGAGAAACAAAACACACUGUUGAGGAGAGAUCUGGAGAAACGCAACACACACACAGGACAGAUCUCUGAGGAGCUGGAAGCAGCUAACCAUCUCCUACAGCAGGCCCAGCAGCCCUACAGUUACCUGAUCGACACAGUGAGACAGAGAGACACACAGAUACUGUCCCUCAGAGAGCGCAUCAUACAGCUGGAGGAGGACACCAGAUCUCUGAGGAAAGAGAAGACGUCUCUCCAACAGGUGAAGAACAAUAUGGCCUCCGACCUGGAGCGAUUGCUUAACCACCGAGAGGAGUUAUCUGUGAUGAAGCAGGUUUUGCUCAGUAUGAGGUCCAGAGAGUCCCAGUCCCUCCUGGAUCCUGAUGGGGUUGGGACCGGGCUGGCCUUCAGCAGACCCAAACACCUCAGCAGAACCACAGAGGAGGAUGAGCAGAACCCUCACAGACACAGACCCAAACCCACCGUGUUCACCAAUAAAGAAGCUCCUGAAUGGUACAGGAAAGUCAAGUUCCAGCCUGAAUGA